AUGGAGCAACUGCAAAAGCAACUGGAACAAUUCACGGACUCUUUAGACAAAACCACGUUUCGACCGUUACAGAAAAAAACCUUCGACUGUUCCUCCAAGUGUUGCGACGACGCGAAGCAAUCGCACGAAACCUUCCAGCGAUGCAUACAGAACUGCGCGGCGACGAUGCAGGAGAAAGAAACGGUCGUGAAUAACGAACUGCAAAUAUUUCAACAGAAAGUGCAAAGGUGCGCGCAAACGUGCAACGAUAAAGCGCAGAGUUUUUUAGAGAGCGAUGGAAUCGGAGGAAUGGAUAAAGCGCAGAGGAAAGCGAUGGAGUGCAUAGACGAGUGCGCGAGGGAUUACGGGAAGGAGUUGAAAGCGAUUCAGAGGAGGGUGGUCGGGUAG